AUGAACUACACGAAAUAUCAUUAUGUUGGGCAUAGUUUUUCAGGGAACUCGGUUACACCAAGCUUGGCGGUGAGUUCCGACGAAGUUCAAAGCUUUACAAUUCUCGAUGUACACGGUGUUUUGACAGUUAGAGACGAUACGUACAUAAAAUCGCAGAGGGAGAAUCUCGAGGCAAGUUACCAUAGCAAAAAAGUCGCGAACCCAAAAAUCUACUCGAGAGAAGAGCUGAAAAAACGCCUUCAGAAGAGUUCCAUCCCACCUGACUUUCAAGACCUCUGGCUAGAGCGCGGAGUCCGCUGGAAUGAAGCAAAAACUCAUGGUCAUUUCUCUCGAGAUGUGAGGUUGAACGGCAACAUGUUCAUCCCCAACUUCCCGGCAUUUCUCGGAAGAGAGGAUCAUUUACUCGAACAGUUGACGUUGCCGAUCUUGAGAAUAAGCGGCGAAGAAAGUCUGAGCGGUAGUCCGAGGCCGUAUGGUGGAUUGGAUCCUAGAAUUAAAAACAUGAAAGAUUUUGACGCUGUAGGAUGCUUGAGAUUUAGCGACGAGUUGUCGAAGAAACCAAACGUCAAAGACAUCGUUAUGCCUGGAAAUCAUCAUUUCUUUCUCGAACAAGCAGAAAAUGUAGCGAAAGAAAUCGAGCUAUUCUGGGACUCAGUUGAACGAGCUUAA